AUGCGUGGAGUAAAAAACUGGCUGAACCUGUUUUCAAAGAUAUGAGAUCACAGAAGGUAUCAUAACUCUUGGAAUCAGCUCAAUUACAGCUCUCAGUGAAAACCUUCAGCUGAUUUGACAAUCAUACUUCAGAAUAAAAUAUGUUUGAAUGAAGCAUGCGAUCUAUAGUGAUUCUGCUCCUCUCGAUUCCUCUCGCUUUUGCUGGACCACACUGUCUGAAGUACCUUUACACUGUUGCUUCUGGAGACGUUGACAUCCCAGAGGUCACGGCGGUUGGAUUGGUCGAUGAUCAGCAGUUCAUGUACUUUGACAGCGACACAAUGAAAGCUGAACCAAAGAUAGAAUGGAUCAAAGCAGAUCAAUGGGACAGACAAACUGAAAUUGACAGACGUCACUAUCAUGAAUACAGGAACAACAUGCUAUUGAUUAAAAAUGUAUUUAAUCAGUCCACGUCAGAAGGUGUUCACACACUGCAGGUCAUGUACGGCUGUGAGAUAAGAGAUGAUGGUACCACACGAGGAUUCUAUGAGUUUGGUUAUGAUGGAGAAGAUUUUAUCACCUUUGAUAAGAACGCACUCAACUAUAUUGCUGCCAAUCGACAAGCAGAUAUCAUCAAGAACAAAAUGGAUUCUAAUAAACCUAGAGCGCAACUCUGUAAAGUAUAUCUGGAGAACACAUGUAUUGAUCGGUUGAAGAAGUAUAUGAGUUACAGCAAAGACAAUCUGCAGAGAAAAGUUCCACCUGAGGUGUCUAUUCUACAGAAGGACUCCUCAUCUCCAGUUACCUGUCAUGCUACAGGUUUCUACACCAGCAAUAUAAAUAUGACCUGGCAGAAAAACCACGAGGAGCUUCAUGAGAAUGUGGAGGUCCAUGAAACUUUGCCAAAUGCAGAUGGAACGUUCCAGAAGCGCAUCAGUCUCUCAAUGAAGUCUGAGGAGUUGAAUAGAGAUCCAGAUGUCUACAGAUGUGUGAUUCAACAUGUGGGAGCAGAGAAAGAGAUUGUUAAAUUUCCUUCUAACAUCACCAGGUCCAAUGAGCAACAUGCUUCUUGGAUCAUCACAGUUCCUGUUCUAUGUGUGCUGCCUUUUGCUGUGGCUAUUAUUAUUGGGUGCAUUGUGAUGAAAAAGACCGGGCGGUUCAAGUGCCCUAAAUCUACAGGCUAUGCGCAGGGCAGCACCACAGAUGAAGACUCAAAAUCAGAUGAACAAAUGCAAAAUGUUUCCUCUUAACUUAUUUUUCAUAAUUUUGCUUGAUUUUAGUUUAACAUUUUAGUAACAUGUUCUCAUACAUUUUUUUUCUCAUUCAUCCAUAAGUCUAGUAACAUUAAGUAACAUUUUAAAAUAUCUGAUGUAACAGCUGGUACAUCAAAGCAAAGUUAGGUGUUAAAAUAUAUUUAUAAUGGGUUUGAAGGGUAUGUUGAUGAUUUAUAUAUUAAUGAUUAAUUAAAAUCAAUAAAAUGUAUUUAUGUAA